UCAUUGGAGAACCAAAUGCUUUGAUGUGUGCGCAUUCAUUUACCUCUUAGCCUUGUAUAAAAGGGGAGUAGGAAGAGGAAAAAGGCUUUAGAUUAAAUUCUUUGGAACAGAGAGAUCAAAGAGAAGGAGAAAUGGAGAAGUCUGGUUAUGGAAAAGAUGGAAUUUACAGGUCGCUAAGGCCCCCUGUUGUUUUCCCCAAAGACCCAUAUCUCAACAUGAUGUCGUUCAUGUUCCGGAACUCAUCCUUAUAUGGCGAGAAGCUCGCAGUUGCUGAUGCGGAGACCGAUGAGGGGCUGAAUUUUAGAGAACUUGAAGUUGUCGUGGAUCGAGUUAGAAAUGGCCUGAACAAGAUUGGCAUCAGGCGAGGUGAUGUUGUUUUGAUUUUUGCACCAAAUUCUAUGCACUUUGCGACGUGCUUCUUUGGGGUUGUUUCUCUUGGUGCGAUUGCCACCACUGUAAAUCCGAUGUACACUUCAAUGGAGGUAGCUAAACAGGUGAAGGAUUCUGGUUCUAAGCUUGUAAUAACGGUGCCCCAGUUGUGGGAAAAGGUCAAUUGUUUGGGUUUACCUGCUGUAAUUCUUGACUAUGCGAAAACAUCUUCAAUCAACUCGCAAAGGGGUAUUACUUACUACUCUGAUCUACUGGAAAUGGGGGCUUCCACGAAGAAUUCAUUACCCGUAGCUAGGGUUAGACAAUCAGAUACAGCUGCGCUUUUGUACUCUUCUGGCACUACAGGGACCAGCAAGGGGGUCAUCUUAACCCAUGGUAAUUUCAUUGCAGCUUCUUUAAUGGCUGCCUCUGAUCAAGAUUGGAAGGGUGAGCUACACAAUAGGUUCCUUUGUGUGAUCCCAAUGUUCCAUAUAUUUGGGCUUUCAAUCCUCAAUUACGCCCAAUUGCAGAGAGGGAAUGCAGUUGUUAUUAUGAGCAGGUUUGAUCUUCACCAAAUGCUGAGGUCGGUUGAGAAAUUCAGAGUUACCCAUCUUUUUGUUGUGCCCCCAAUCAUGAUUGCUCUAGCAAAGCAGACUGUAGUGUCAAAGUAUGAUCUCUCUUCAUUGAGACAGUUGGGAGUUGGGGCUGCACCCGUGGGGAAGGAUAUUUUGGAAGACUGCGCGAGAAACAUUCCACUUGCUGAAGUUGUGCAGGGGUAUGGUAUGACGGAAUCAUGUGGAAUUAUUUCACUUGAAAUGCGAAUGAAGGGCAAGCAUCAUUUUGGAUCCACUGGAUUUCUUGUUCCAGGUGUUGAAGCUAAAAUAGUCAAUGUUGACACGUUGAAGCCUCUUCCUCCUAAUCAGUUAGGAGAAAUAUGGAUUCGUGGACCACAUAUCAUGCAAGGUUACUUCAACAAUCCACAGGCCACCAAGUCUACAAUAGUCAAGGAAGGAUGGCUGCUGACGGGAGAUCUGGGGUAUUUUGAUGAUGAAGGGAGACUUUUUGUCGUUGAUAGAAUUAAAGAGCUUAUCAAGUACAAAGCAUUUCAGAUUGCACCUGCAGAGCUCGAGGGACUGCUUCUCUCUCAUCCUGAGAUUCUAGAUGCUGUUGUCAUCCCUUUUCCUGAUGCAGAAGCAGGGGAGGUUCCCAUUGCCUAUGUGGUUCGCUCCCAAGGGAGCUCCAUCACUGAAAAAGAUGUCCAGGAAUUUGUAGCAAAGCAGGUUGCAUCAUUCAAAAGAUUGCGGAGGGUGACCUUUGUGAAUAGUGUACCAAAAUCAGCAUCCGGAAAGAUCCUUCGAAGAGAGCUUAUUGAGAAAGUAAGAUCUAAGAUGUGAGGACGACCUGGACUCUAAUAUUCCUAUCAGAUACUCUCAGUGUGGAACUAGUGCUCUCGGAGCUUUAGUGAUAUCAUUUGCCUGGUGGUUGUCAAAGGCAGAGUUCAACUUGAUCUCUUCUUCUCGAUUGGCUCCGAAAAAGAAGAAGAAGCUUUGAACUGUGAGUUGUGAACUGGCAUGCAACCUUGAAAUAAAGAAUGCAAGUCAUAUGCAACAUGUAUAAUAUAACUGUGGGACACAGACUGCCCAUGAGUAGGAAACAGACCAUGUCUUCCAGAGAAAAUAAAGGCUGUCCUCGCAAAA